AAUCAAUUUUCAUCGACUUUUUCUAACACUCAAAGCUUGAAGGUUUCUUGCAAUGGCUUCUUCAACCUCUGCUCUCAGAAGUCCUCUUUCUUCAUCCCUAAAGCUGCUAGCUCAGCCCAGAUCACACCCUUCUUCUUCUUCAUCACUUCCAAAAACCCUGUUUCCUUCUUCAAAUCUCAACAAAAACCAAUUCCUAACUCAAACCCUCAAACUGAACAGCAAAGACUACAAUUGUCUCUCUCUUUUCAAACGAUCUUUCAGCUGCAAAAGUCAGGCUAACCCAUCUGGGGAUCCAAGACCCACCAAAGUUCAAGAAUUGUGCGUUUAUGAGAUCAAUGAGAGAGAUCGCGGCAGCCCUGCGUAUCUCCGACUGAGCCAGAAAUCGGUCAACUCUCUCGGUGAUCUUGUCCCUUUCAGCAACAAGUUGUACACCGGAGACCUGCAGAAACGGGUAGGGAUCACAGCGGGACUAUGCAUCUUGAUCCAGAACAAGCCGGAGAAGAAAGGCGACCGGUACGAGGCGAUCUACAGUUUCUACUUCGGAGACUAUGGCCACAUAUCGGUGCAGGGAUCGUACCUGACCUACGAGGACUCGUAUCUGGCGGUGACCGGUGGGUCGGGGAUUUUCGAGGGAGUCUACGGUCAGGUUAAGCUGCAGCAGCUGGUCUUCCCUCUCAAGCUUUUCUACACGUUUUACCUGAGAGGCAUCGGGGACUUGCCCAAGGAGCUUUUGGGGAAGCCCGUUGAGCCCAGCCCAGCUGUCGAGCCCAGUCCAUCGGCUAAAGCUUGCGAGCCGACCGCCACCAUUGUUAAUUUCACGGAUUAGUUACUUUUAUUCGAGUUGGUUUAAAUGGAUAAUAAUGUCUGAAAAUUAUGUUACUAUUUUUUAUGUUUAAUUCCCCUUUUAGCUAAAGGUACGUAGUAGAAAAUAAGGUUGGCUAUAUAUAUUGUAACGUUGAGAAGUAAUUGCUUCCUUUAUGUUGCCUUUUUCUAAACUUAUAUAUAAAGGGGUACGGUUAUCGUUACAUUCUAAUUGA